UCUCUUCCGGCAGUCGGAGUCCUCCGGAAGUUCGUCGAAAGCGAGGAAGGAGAAGCGAGGGCGAGGAAGAGCGAAACUCAGAGGAACGUCAUGGCUCGCGGGCAGCAGAAGAUCCAGUCCCAGCAGAAGAACGCCAAGAAGCAAGCGGAGAAGAAGAAGCAGCAGGGAGCCGACCAGAAGAGCGCAGCCAAGGCCGCUCUGGUCUACACGUGUCCGGUGUGCAGGACCCAGAUGCCCGAUCCCAAGACUUUCAAGCAGCACUUUGAGAGCAAACACCCCAAGUCCCCCCUCCCACCGGAGCUGGUGGACGUGCAGGCUUGAGGACGGACGGACGGACGGACACACCCACACACACACAGGCUUGGCUUCUGUGCAGCGUGUGACCUGAAGAUUUGGAUGCAACAGACCGACGCUAAUCUUUCGUGGGGUGGGGGGUGUUCCUCAGCACAGCCAGGGACAGAAACUUGUGGGGGGUUGGGACCUUUUUUUUUUUUAUUAUUUUUUUUUUUUUUAAAAAAAAAACUCAUUUGUGUUUCACCAUCAUGGCUUGUUAGCUGCAUCCCCCCUCCCCACUGCUGUCCCAACAGCCUCCUGACCCAUGGCAGGAGGGGUGUUGCUCACACACACAAAGCCCUGGGAAGCAUACAUGAUGCACCUAAACUACAGAUGGCAGUAUUUUGUGAAUAAAAGUAAGAAAUACAGAAAAUGUUUCCUUUCCUCAUGUACAAAUGUCAUUUUUUCCUUUUCCCCUCCUUAGGAGGUUAGUAACAUACAUCUCUCCUUACGUUCCUCUUCACACCCAUUAUCACAGGUAGUUACCAGUUCAAUGUCUGCUUGUGGGGGGGGAGUGUAGGGUACAGGAGACAGUAAACACGGUUAAAAGUUACUGUUCGUGUGGUAAAGAGCAGUUAACCAUUAAGUCACCAGUCUUGGACGCAGACCCCUCAGCCGUUCCCUGUGCCCCCCCCGGCCGAUGAGACGCUGUGUUUUAUGUCUGGGAUCAGAUGUUUUUUUUUUUUUCUUUUUUUUUUUUUUUUUUUUAAAUCAUCAGCACCUCCUGCCACCUGUGUGGUUUUGCCCAGAUGUUCCUAAACACACCCAGAACAUCUCAUGUCCCUUCGAUUGUGUAGCUGAUGAGCUGGAGCAUCGAAGGCCAACGGCCACGCUUCAUGUUUUUUGCUGAUGUUUUAUACCCUAUGAUUAAAUGUUGUGUUUGCAAAUCACUUGCUUGCUUUUCGGGGGGGGUGGUCCCACCUGCCCUGACCGCGAGGGCUGUAUUUUCUGCAGCUCCCGGUUUACCUCACUAUAGCGGAAACGGCCCCUCGGGCGUCCCAUCCCCUCUGGACAUUCACGGGUCCUCCAACAAUCCUUCUGGUUCUUCACUGGAGUAAUGGGUGGGGUGGGAUGGAUGACCCCUCUGUACAUAUCAACUGCAAAAAAAAUUCCUCUCAAAUUUUUCAUGGCUACUAACUUGUAAUAGGUAGAAAAUAAAGACGAGAAAAGUCCAA